ACUGGACUCCGGUACGGCUGGCCGCUCGGUCGGUCCUGUAGUCUUCAAGUCCUGGAAGUUGCAUUGCAGGGGUGGGACUUCUGCAGUCAGGAGGUGGGCUCGCUCGCAGAAAUGCAGUUAGCAGGCUUUGCACACUCAAUGUUGAAGCAGCAAACGGCGACCGAGCGCAACUGCUCCGCACGGGGAGCACAGGAGCCGAAACCGCCAGCCUCCAGCUGCUGCUCGCACGCUGCCUCAUCCUGGGAUUUAUUUGUGUUACAUUUCAUUCUUUUAUUCCCCGUAUUAACCCGGGAAGAGUAACCAGACCAGGAUUUUAUUUCCCUCCGCAUUGAUCCCCGGCGUUCCAGUCUCUUCAUGGAAAUACUGAAUCAGUAGCCUGACUGGGAAAACUGCGGAGUUUCGCUCGUACUGCACCACAACGAACUCCGGCAAAUAAGGAAAAAUCAUUCAAGAAUGUCUUCUGUGGCUGGACAAGACAUCUCAAAUUACCACACAAGUGUGGUCCAAAGCCCUCCUAGAUGGGAGGUUGGUGUUUACAUAGCUGGGUUUUUGAUGCUUCUCGGAGCCGCAGGAGUCAAUCUCUGGAAGUUGUGGAAAUCUGGAAGUUACCCAACACCGUCGCCAUUCCCCAACUAUGAUUAUCGUUACCUGGAGCAGAAGUACGGCACUUCAUAUUCUGAAUCCAGACAGAAGAGAGUGGCAGCAUCCAAUCACAAGAGAGCCAUGGAGAAGAUGCCAGCAAGCCGGAAGAGCAGCCUGGGAAUUGACGACACCUAUGAAACAAUCAAUGAGCUGGGAACGCUGGAGCUGAUGAGCAGGGACGUGGAGCUGACGUCAUAUGGGCCACUUCGGAAAUCUGUGUCCACUGAUUCUUUAUCUUCAAUUUCUUCCAUCGGUAAUAAUUUUGGAAAUGACCUCACAGUUGGACAGAUUGAGGUAAACAUGGAGUAUGACAUGAAUUCCAACAGCUUGUAUGUCACACUGGUGCAAGGAAAAGAUCUCCUGGAGAAGGAGGAGAUCAACUUUGAGUCCUGCUUUGUCCGUAUCAGUUUGCUGCCAGAUGAACAGAUAGUUGGCAUAUCCAGGAUACAGCGGAACGCAUUUUCCGUUUUUUUUGAUGAGAGAUUUUCCAUUCCCCUGGAUCCUGGAGCUCUUGAAGAAAACAGUUUGAGGUUUUCAGUGUUUGGCAUCGAUGAAGAUGAGAGAAACAUCAGCACAGGGAUUGCCGAACUAAAACUUUCAGACCUGGACCUCUCAAUACGGCCUUUUAAUGCCUGGUUAUAUCUGCAGGAUGUAAAUAAGGCUGCUGACUCAGUAGGAGAGAUUUUGCUGUCCCUCAGUUACUUACCGACAGCAGAGAGACUGACGGUGGUGGUUGCUAAAGCUAAAAACCUGAUGUGGACAAACGGGAAGACGACUGCAGAUCCCUUUGUUAAAGUUUAUCUUCUACAAGACGGUAGAAAGAUUAGCAAAAAGAAGACGGCUGUGAAGAAAGAUGAUUCCAACCCCAUAUUCAAUGAAGCAAUGAUCUUCUCGGUGCCGGCCAUUGUGCUACAGGACCUUUCUCUUAGGGUCACGGUGGCAGAGUGCUGUGAAGACGGCCGAGCUGAGAAUAUCGGCCACGUCAUUAUUGGACCAGAAGCAAGCGGAAUGGGCAUCACCCACUGGAAUCAGAUGUUAGCCACCUUACGCAAGCCAGUGUCCAUGUGGCACCCACUGAGGAGAAUUUAAAUUCUGUGUUUCUGGCUCUUUUUUUUAAUUUUUAAUUUCUUGCAUGGUGCCUAAAUUCUUACACUUAAUUUAUUUUCUGGGAGGGGAGACAAAUAUUACAGCAGGGUGACCAGAUCUCCCAAUUUCAAGCUCGGUGUUUAUCCAAUGAAUCUAACGAACUGCAGCUUACACUUGUAAAUAUUCUGGGUGGUCUACUCCCCCCCAUCCAAAUACCCAAGUAGCCUGAACAGGAGUCAAACUUUGGUGAACAAUACUCGGCCUUUAUAAAGUUUUAUAAAGUUUUCCACAAUAUGGAAAUGCAUUAGAAAAUAAUCAAUUCUUAUUCAUUUAUUUCAGUUUUGAUUUUCCAGUUUAAUAAAUUCCACCGUCAGUCUCUUAUCGAACGUGUGAACUGACACACUUGAUUGCAUUUCUUUAAAGCAAAGUUGGUUAAAGUACAGUCACCUGCCAAUGGGGUACCAAAGCCGUUGUCGCCAAGUUGUACCAACUUCAUCUAAAGGAUUUAACACCAAAUCACAGAGACAGGAUGGCAGCAAAAGUGCAUGACAUUUCUUGAACAUGUGGGAUUUACCUGUCAGUCAUUUUCUAGGGAACUGAUCUCACGAGUGGAACCCGAUAAUCACCCCCAUAAACAGCAGUCGCACCCACGCUCUGACCAACCACCCAUGCCUAGCGAGUCCCUCUUAAGUAUUUCUUGUUUUAAAUCUGGUCACCCUAUACGUUGCAGAUACAUGUAUAUACACAAAGAUACAGAAAAAUAAUUAGAGGCUAUUUUUACUAAACACGUUCUACUCUUUUGUUAUUUUUUGGAAAACUAAUAUUUGAUGUUACAGUGUAACAAAUCUGAAAACAAAUAAUGAAAACGUCAUUAAAAAAAGCUUGGCUAGCUGUCGAUAGUUCAAAUGAGUGUAGUAGGCAGGAUCAAACACCCUGUCCAACUGGCAGCUGCAUGUUUGUUACCUUUUGUACUCAGCAAAACAGACCUGACUCACGUAAACCUGGAGUGCAUCACACAGCUGUAGCCAAUUCAUUUUGUAAUCACGGUAAAAAUCCUAACUUAGUCAUAUAAGACUUCAGUUUUCAAGUCCUCAUUGUUAACCAAGAAGCAAAUCAAUCGUUUAAAUUUGUUGUUUACAAUUUUUAGCUUGACAUUGAGGGGACGAAGGGAAUAUAUAAGUUCAUAGGACUGGGAGUGAACCGUAAUUUAAUGCCUCGUUUGUUUUAUGAACCACACUGAGUUUUUGUGGCGCUAGGAAGGCUAAAGCCUUAGUUGGGCAGGAACAGCUUUACACCAGGAGUCAUUCUUACCGGAAGACCUUGGUAAUUUUCGCUCAUUAACAUUUUACAGGACUGCACAUUCACAUCUCUCUAAAGACCAGGAAGUGUUUUACCUUGUGUUAAGAAAGUCUUUAAGACUUAGCCCCGUGGUAAACAGGUCCCAUACGAAUUGACAUAUCAGUUAAACCAUCAUUUGAGCAAUUCUGAUGGCAAUAAAGUAACAGAGGUCCUCCGGUAAUAGUUACUUUACCCUGGAAAGAAAGAUCAGCUGGUAUACACUUUGUUCUGUGUGCGGAAGAACGAGGAGAUAGGGAAUCCCCUUGGAGGUCUAAAGGUAUCUGGCAUUUGGUACGCUACAUUAAUAAAUUGUCUUUGAACUUUGGAGGUCGGAGCGCAGGCUCAGCCAUUAUAUAGCACCCUGGAACAAUUUUCAGAUUUAGGGCCCAACGGAGUAGGUAGGUGCACUGAUAUGUUAUUACAAAAUGUGGUGGGGUAGCGAGGGUGGGGAUCCCAUUUGGAGCUGUGAACAGACAUGUUGUUGGUAUAAAUAAGGGCUGCUAAUGUGGUGAAAACUGACAGUACACAUACAGUACAUUAAGUUCUAGUACUCAUAAAGCCAGAACGGGGAAAUGUCAGUACGGAGAGAUCGGCCACCUUCAAGCACAGCUGCAAAACUAAAUUGUCCAAAUUGGGCUUAAGACAAGUUUCAGACAUGUGCGGCUAGCGGCAGCCACAAAAUAGCAAAGUUCAGUCAGAUUCUGACUGGUGGUUACAUGUCAUGUGUAAAAGACCAGGCCCCAGGCACAGACAGACAGACACCGUAUGUCUUAAACACACACGUUUUAUUUUCUUCACCCGUGGGCGCACGUCUUCCCCGUGACCCACAGGCAAUACACAGUCCCAAACAAGCACAAUUCUCACCACAGCAACAAUCCUUCUGGCAGCACCACUCCUCCUCAGGCUUAGUCCUCCUCCUCCCGACUCUGGCUCUCUCGAGUGGUGGUGGCUGGCCUUUUUUAUACCCCACCCGGAAGUAUUCCAGGUGCUUGAUCACCUGGGCCUAAUUGUAUUUCCGGGUGGGGCUGAGGAAUUGACCAGCCGGGCUGCAAAGUCCAUGCAGCUCCCCCUGGCGGCCAUCCGAGCCCCCAACCAGGCUGUGGAGGACUCCAUCUCCCAUGGAGCCAUGCGCCCGGUUGGGGAAUCAUCGUCUGCCAGGGAGGCUGCCACCAAGCGUCCCGGGGGAGGUAUUGAGCUGUCCAUGGUAGCUCCCCCGGAACAAAUGCAGUAGGGACGUCCCUGCCGGGCAUGGGACCCGGCUGUCCUUCACACAUGUUAUCUCAACAUGUCCACAGCCAAAGUCGAAACAGGACAAUUUGAAGGAGAUGGGAUCAGUUAUUUUGUCUUUUAUAUAUAUAUAUAUAUAUAUAUAUACUAGCUAUCUCCCGCAGCAUCGCCAGCGUAUUAGUGAAACAGGACAGUGACGAGGGCCUGGCCCAGCUCUCUACUCCUGACGUCACUCCUGACUCCUCCUCUCAGCCCGCAGUCUCAGUCUCUGAUUAGCGUAACUACAUGGCUCCUGCAAGCAAACUAUGAUUCUUAGCACAAUGAGAGAAGUCACAAAAUCAACUGGAAUGUUCAAGCAAAUUAUAUAUAAAAAAAGAUCUAAAUCUGUUAAGUAGUUCUCUCGUUCGCUAACUAAGCGGAGUUAAGGUUACACCCCAAGGGCAGACGUGUGAGUGAGGAGGGCACCGCAGCCCGACGAGUCUCUCUCAGAUUUGCGCUAAUAAAUCGGUACCGCAAGCAAACUAUGAUACUUAGCACAACGAGAAAGUCGCAAAAUCAAUGUAAUGUUCAAGCAAAUUAUAGAAAAAAACUUGAUCUAAAUCCAUGAAGUAGUUCUCUCGUGAAAAGCAGACAGACAGACAGACAAACGGGUCUAAAAAACUAUACAAAUUUCACGCUUGGACCAUGAAAAUUUUAAAACUGUUUCUUAGCAAGCACCAAUGGGCCACCAGUCAAAUCUACAUUCCAAAUUGGUUUGGGAGAUUUUGUGAUGAGUGAGUCAGUGGUAUUUCACUUUAUAUAUAUAGAUUUGUUUUUAAUUUUGAUCACUUUGGAGAUAUCUGUUUUCACAUUGACAUCAAAGAGUCACUUUCUGUUGAUCACUGUCAAAAAAGGCUAAUUAAAUGCAUUGUGAUUCAAUGUUGUCUGUAUAAUAAUAAAAUGUGAAAAUGUCCAAGGGGGUAAACACUUUUAUAGGUUCUUUAAUGCUUAAAAAAGUUCCUUUUUUAAAUUAAAGAUACUUAUAUGUUCAUAUUAUAAAAACUCAUUUUGCAAUGCCAUAUUGAAAAAUAGAUUAGCUUUAUUAGGCCAGGGAAGCCUGUACUGUACAAUGAAAGGUUACAGACUAUGACAAAAUAAGAAAAAGCUGUGGCAAAACUUUUAAUAAUAAAUUUAUUCUUUAAUUUUUGUUUUUGAUGAGGUUGCGGUAUUAGGCCACAAAAUAUUAAGUAGUAUUUAUGCAGAUUCCAGCAGAACAACUCCACUUUAUUUGGAAAAGUCAAAACCUAAUCAUGAAAUUUAUGUGCAUUCUUCUCUUUCUUAAUCUCCUAUUUAAUUAUGUCAAGGAGGUAAAGUUGUCCUAAAAAUAUCUAAAAAUAUCAGAACAUCUGACACAAGGCAGGAACCAAACCUGGAUGGAUGUGCAGGUUCAUCACAAGGUGCACUUCCUCAUAUCAGGACUAUUUUGUGACAGAAGUCAAACUGAUUUGUAGAUCUUUGGAAUGUGGGAUGUAAAAUGGAGUACCCAGGAAUACAUGUAGGGAUAACGUGGAGAAUCCACACAGACUGCCACUGCGCAGAGAUUUGAAACCAUACUUAAUACACAUGCUUAAGAUAGAUAGAUAGAUAGAUAGAUAGAUAGAUAGAUAGAUAGAUAGAUAGAUAGAUAGAUAGUGUGGAGGAUUGCCGGCUUUCCAGUCCGGCCCUCACCCCCAGGCCGCUAGGAGGAGCCCUCCGGACAGCAUAUUCGUGCCCCGAGGUCCAGCAGGGCCUCAUGGACUUUGUAGUGUUGUGACACAGCCCUGCUGGAUACCUUGGGGGCCGCCAGGAGUCGCUGUAGGGGGGCUAGUGGGCUCUUGCAUGCCCUAUAACCCGGGAGUGCGUCACAGUCACGUGACUGGAGGAAGCGACGUGCUCCUGGGAUGAAGAAGUGGACUGUUUGCCCUGACCCGGAAGGAAAUGGACUUGUGGGUUGUGCUUGGAACCACUUCCGGGUCAGGAGCUAUAAAAGGACUAUGGGUAAGCCCAGACAUUUGAGCUGAGCUGGGAGGUAGGGUGGCGACGUGUCUGGGUGAGGAGGAUUGGUUUUUUGAGAGUUAUUGUAGUAUAUGAGUAGUGUGGUGGAAAGGGUGCUUGGUGCACUGUGUUAUAAUAAAACGAAGAUUUAUUAUACAUUCACCUGGUCUCAAGAGUGGUACCUGAGGGUUCAAGAGGUGGACAAACGCUAUAUCUGCUACAAUAGAUAGAUCGAUCUUCAACAUAUAGUAACUCCUGUUUAGGUCUCCCACUCAAACCAUUCUUAAGUCCACUUAAAAUAUGUAAUUAAUGCCUAACAUGAGUAAAUGCAUUGAAAACUUGAACUUUGAACUUUAUUACAAUAUACUCUUUGAGAAGGUAAAAAUGAAAAUGUCUAUUCAGUCCUUCAUUGUUUCUAUUAUGCUGAGAAAGUUGGUGACCCAAUGGCAAGUGACUUUUAAGUAAAAAGAAAACUCAUUUUGCUUAAUUUUUCAUUUUAUUACUUUGAUUUGAUUAAAUUGGAUUUCUAUGCUGGUGAAUGCUGAAGGGACUGGUAGUCAUUGAUAUUCUGAAUAAAAAGGUGCCAAGAAUUCAUUGUGUUUACUCCAAUGGCGUACAAAAGUAUAAAAUACAAAAGAACAAACUCUAAAAAUGAGAAAUGAACACAUUAGGAGACGGUGACGCCGUGCUUAUAAGUACUGCCUCACAGCUUCAGAGUUCUUGUGUUUAACACCAAGCCUGGUUUGCACGCCGUGUCGGUUCUCUCUGUGUCGCUGAUAUUCUCCCACAUCCCAAAUUGUAUAAAAGUGUGUGUUCAGUUGUCUGAGAAAAGUAAUCAGAGUCCUUCACUUUCUGCACACUUUAUUGUGUUGCAGAUGUCAAUUUAAAUGGAUACCUUUGCCAUUUUUGACAUUCAACCUGCACUCAAUAACCUUUCAUGAAAAAAGUGCAAACGUUUUAAGAAACAUUUACAAAUUUAUUAAAAAUUAGAUCAUUUGAAUGACCAAUGGGUUCUUGAUUACCUGCCUGGCAAAACCCUUAUUGAUUGGCUACUCAAUGUUGGCUGGACUGUCAACUCUAGGAAGAGUCGUGCUGGCUCCAAGCUUCUUCCAUUUCACAAUUACUGAGCCCAUUGUGUUCCUGGGAACACUCAAAACUUUACAAAGAGUUUUAUCUCCUUGCCCUGAUCUGCGUAUCACCACAAUUAGAUGGCAGAGGUCUACAGAGAGCUCUUUGGUCUUCAUGGCUUGGUUUUUGUCCUAACAUGCAGCGUGAAUUGUAGGACCUCACAUACACAGGUAUACGUGUGCCUUUCUAAGUGAUGUCCAAUCAGUUAAAUUUACCACAGGUGGAGUGUAGUGGAGUUCACAACGCAUCUCAAAGAGAAUUAAAGCAAUACAUUUGAACACAAUCUGAAGUGCCACAGCAAAGGAUCUGAACACUUCUAUGAAGGAGAAAUAUCAGAGCUUGAUUUUUCAUAAAUUUGCAAACCGUUCUGAAAACAAGUUUUUACUUUGAUGUUACGGUUUACUGAGUGUAGAUUGAUGGGUGAAAGUUGCAAAUUCAUCCAUUAAAAAUUAAAUCUACAGAACAGUAAAAUGUGCACAAAGUUCUGAGGUCUGAAUACUUUAUGAAUCUGCUGUCUGUCUGUCUGUCUCUGUGUGUGUGUGUCCCCUCCAGGUUUAGUUUAAGUCUUAGUGUCAACGUAAGUCGGACCUCCUUGAAACGCCACACAACCCUCGGCGGCUUUGAAAAAACAAACAACGUGUGAUGUGACUGAGCCGUGCACUUUCAUUUUUUUGUGAUUUCUGUCAUGAGCGGCUCUUACGUUUAAUAGCAGCCCACAUACAGCCGUAUGCACUUGGUUUAGAAAUUCAUUUUGGGAUGAUUACAAAAAUAUAUUCAUUGUAUUCUGUGUAAACCUAUGCAGACUAUAAAAUCAUAUAUACAAUAUACUGUUAAUAAUGAAAAUGGAAAAUGAGUGACUUGCACUUGUUCAUUAUUUAUUAUUUUGUGCGUGUGAGGGUCCCUGAAGACUGUUUCUUGUUACUCAAAUGGAAUAAAAAUAAAAUUACUCUUAAAGA